AUGACCGCCUUGAGACGCGACGGGGAUGAAUUGUAUGAGACGUUGGUAGAGCUCAAGCGUGACCUUCGCAACGAGAGGCAACGGACGACGCGGCUGAGACAGCACGCAAAUAUGUCUAGUGUACCCCGGCCUAUGGGGCAAAAUAUUGGUGGGUUCCAAACUUUACGAGGCAAUUAUUGGAGCCCAUACUCGCUUCACCACGGAAACGAGAUGUACAAUUCAAUUCCGUAUGGUCAGGCCGGAUACAACUACAUGGAUCCCAGACAACCAACACCGCCACCGCCACCACAACCACCACAGCAAUAUUAUUUUCCCAGCCAGUACAUUCCUCAACCAGGAAACUCAGGCUGUAUGGGGGCUCCUGGCCCUCAACAGUAUUCAAGAUGGAUGGGAGUGCCACAAUAUGGCUAUUGA